UGUGAUGUAACGAAGCCUCGUUUAUUGGAAUGACUGUGAGACGAGUUUCGAAUGAUUCGCGCAGGCUUGAAGCUGAGCGCAUGCAGAACUAAAACAUACAAUAAACCAAAUCAAAACUUUUAUUUUAAGGCCGUUUAUGGGAGUCAGGCAGCUGUAAACUGUGAUUAGAGAAAAUUGGGCUAGUUGUCCUUGCAGGCAAUUUUCAGUAUAGUAUUUUUGGACUGAUCAUUUUGAACACCGGAAACAAAGUAGCGUCUCUUUUUGUGAACUGUAAAUGUCAGAUGUCAGGAGAGCAUUAGCUCCGGGAAACGCUGCGAACUUAAGAGCCUCGUCUGACUGAUUAAAACAGUGGAUAGAGCCAUGAAGAUUUAUUGGAUUCUUGCACUAUUUCUAACUGGCACUUCCUCUGUUUCUGUGGUGCUGAAUCACCCAACAUCACUUCCCUGCGGCAACUGUGAAAACGUCGUGUGGCGUAAGAUCUUCCCCAUAGAAGCAACUGUUGCCGACUGCCAAAAGCGGAAAUGCAUCAUAAAAGAAAGCUUUCGGCAAAGAUUCAACGUCAUGCAUGAAGAAAACAACUCCCUAUUUCUCAAGUCAGCAAAAUACAAUGACCUGGGACAAUACGUGUGCAGUUGUGACGGCAUUGACAAGCAUGUUAACCUGGAGGUCGUAGUUCCCAUAAACGUGACUGUUGUUGAGUUGAGAAACGUCACUCUUCCGUGUUAUGCGGAUACUCAGAGCGGUGUCAGUGAUGUGACAUGGCUACACAAUGAAAAAAAAGCUCUGUACUACACAACAAAAGGAGCCCCAAUCCCAGGCCUGGGCUAUGAGGAGAGAGUAUCGCUGACAGAGGACGGAGACAGAGACGGUGAUGUGUCUCUGACCAUCACUGGUGUCCAACAGACAGACGCAGGAUUAUACCGCUGCUUCGUUCGAGAUGAGACGGCUAAAGGAUACCCACACGCCUACAUGCUGCAUGUGAUCAGUAAGACUAGAUAA